CCUCCCUCUUUUUAAAAACAAUUCCAGCUCUCAUCGCACAAGUGCAAAAACCCUAGAUCUCUACUCCUGCUUCCUCAAAUCGAAGAAAAUGCCGCGAGAGAUCAUAACGAUCCAAGUGGGACAAUGCGGGAACCAGAUCGGGAUGGAGUUCUGGAAGCAGCUCUGCCUCGAGCACGGCAUCGGCAAGGACGGCCUCCUCGAAGAUUUCGCUACUCAGGGAGGAGAUAGGAAGGAUGUUUUCUUUUAUCAAGCAGAUGAUCAACACUACAUACCACGAGCUCUCUUGAUGGACCUUGAACCUAGAGUUAUCAAUGGAAUACAAAACAGUGACUACAGAAACCUCUACAACCACGAGAACAUAUUUGUCUCAGAACAUGGAGGGGGUGCAGGAAACAAUUGGGCCAGUGGGUAUCACCAGGGAGAGCAAGUGGUGGAUGAUAUCAUGGACAUGGUUGAUAGAGAGGCAGACGGAAGUGAUAGCCUUGAGGGUUUUGUCUUAUGUCAUUCAAUUGCUGGAGGAACAGGAUCAGGAAUGGGAUCUUAUAUAUUGGAGACUCUUAAUGACCGCUACAGCAAAAAACUAGUCCAGACAUAUAGUGUGUUUCCAAACCAAAUGGAAACGAGUGAUGUGGUUGUCCAGCCAUACAAUUCACUUUUGACUCUGAAGCGCCUUACAUUAAAUGCUGAUUGUGUUGUUGUUCUUGACAAUACGGCACUGAAUCGGAUUGCUGUAGAGCGUCUCCACCUUACAAAUCCUACAUUUGCACAGACAAAUUCCCUGGUCUCGACGGUUAUGUCUGCAAGCACAACCACCUUGCGAUAUCCGGGAUACAUGAACAAUGAUUUGGUUGGACUUCUUGCCUCUCUAAUUCCUACUCCAAGAUGCCAUUUUCUGAUGACAGGGUAUACACCAUUAACUGUGGAGCGCCAGGUUAAUGUUAUCCGGAAGACUACUGUAUUGGAUGUAAUGAGAAGACUACUACAGACGAAAAACAUCAUGGUCUCUUCAUAUGCUCGCACAAAAGAAGCUAGUCAAGCAAAAUAUAUAUCAAUUCUGAACAUUAUUCAAGGAGAAGUUGAUCCUACACAGGUACAUGAAAGCUUGCAGAGAAUCCGUGAAAGAAAGCUUGUAAAUUUCAUCGAGUGGGGACCUGCUAGCAUUCAGGUUGCAUUGUCUAGAAAAUCUCCUUAUGUUCAAACUACGCAUAGAGUUAGUGGUUUAAUGUUAGCAAACCACACUAGCAUACGCCAUCUCUUCAGCAAGUGCCUGGGACAGUAUGAGAAGCUAAGGAAAAAACAGGCUUUCCUUGACAACUAUCGGAAGUUCCCAAUGUUUGCUGAUAAUGAUCUUUCCGAGUUUGAUGAGUCCCGAGAAAUAAUAGAAAGCUUGGUUGAUGAAUACAAGGCAUGCGAGUCACCAGAUUAUAUCAAAUGGGGGAUGGAGGAUGCUGAUAGAUCAUUGACAGGAGAAGCCAGUGUUGCUGGAGCAUUGGAAUCGAAAUUGACGAUGUAAUCAAGUAGGGCGCGUGAUAAGGCAAAAAAGGUACGAGCUUGAAUAUCGCUACAGAACUCGUCUCUGUUAUCCGAAAGGUGAAGUUAUUUUGUCGUGUGUACAUAUGUAUGUACGGAUAGAAUUACCAUUCGUGGUGUUUUUGGUGUGGCCUUGUAUUCGUGAGAAUUUAUACGGCGGGGUCUCCAUUUUCGUUGUGUUGGGACUGGCUUUUCUAUCUAAA